GAUCUCCGUGUCUCACAGCAAGGACGCCUGGCACAGACACCUGCAGGAAGAGCUGCUGGUCUCAGGAAUCACAGAGGAGGAGCAGAGCACGGCAUCUAAAGGCCUGAGCGUGGUUCAGUCCAUCUCCCCAAACAGUGAUCUAUGCCUGGACCAUGUGAUCCUGAAGACCUCCUGGAUGGGGUGAUCUUUGGAGCUAAAUAUCUUGGAUCCACGCAAUUAAAGUCUGAGAAAAAUCCCUCCACCAGCGCCCGGAUGGCUCAGGCACAGGAAGCUGUGGAUCGCAUUAAGGCACCUGAAGGAGAGUCUCAGCCUAUGACAGAGGUCGAUCUGUUCAUUUCUACACAGAGAAUCAAAGUGCUGAGUGCUGACACACAGGCCAUGAUGGACCACGCUCUGCAGAUGAUUUCAUACAUCGCAGACAUUGGGAACAUAGUCGUUUUGAUGGCCCGCAGGAGGCCAGCCGAUGGCAAAUCAGCCGACUCGCCGGCUGGCUCUGCAGCACCACCGAAGAAGUGCUGGAUGAUCUGCCACGUGUUUUCUUCAGACAAUGCUCAGAUCAUCGCACAGGCCAUUGGACAGGCUUUUGGUGUCACAUAUCAGCAGUUUCUGCACACGAAUGGAAUAAAAGCCAGUGAUCUGAAGCCAGGCGAGUACAGCGAUUACCUCAGCACUCAAGAACUUUAUAACGGAGACCUGGUUCACUUUUCUCGCUCUGAAAACCUCAGAGAGGUGUGCAUAUCAAAGAAGCCUGGAGAGUUGUUAGGCCUCGUGAUCGUGGAGUCUGGCUGGGGCUCCAUCUUGCCGACUGUGGUGGUAGCCAAUCUGCUGCACGGCGGUCCUGCAGAACGCUCUGGAGAGCUGAGCAUCGGCGAUCACAUCAUGUCCGUUAACGGCACCAGUCUGGUGGGCCUCCCCAUCACCACCUGCCAAAGCAUCAUACGAGAUUUAAAGAACCUUUCGAUAAUAAAUCUCAGCAUCGUUCACUGUCCACCGGUCACCAGUGCGAUCAUUAAACGUCCAGACGCCAAAUAUCAGCUGGGCUUCAGCGUGGAAGAUGGGGUUAUUUGCAGUUUAAUGCGCGGUGGAAUAGCUGAGCGGGGCGGCAUUCGAGUUGGUCAUCGCAUCAUUGAGAUCAAUGGACAGAGUGUCGUAGCUACACCUCACGAGAAGAUCAUUGACAUCCUGUCCAAUGCUGUAGGAGAGCAGAUUCAUCUGAAGACUAUGCCGACUUCAAUGUACCGUCUCCUGACUGGCCUAGAUCAGCCUGUGUACCUUUAGGAGGCGGGUCCUCUCAGGUCCUCUCGGUCACAUGCAAAUUUGCCACUGAACACUUGACUAAAGUGUAGAAAAAUGUUUUUUCUUAAACUCUGCCUUUUAGCAGAUGCAUUAAAACUGAACAGUGUAAGAAUGUACAGAGAUCAUGGACAUUUGUUUUUGCUGUUGGUGCUGAGGCAAGGUGCCUCAAGACAAGCCUUGUGUUUGCAUGACUAUGCAUUAGAAUCCACACUUAAAUCAUCUUGAGCAUCCCAUCUCAAGUUUCCAGCACUUCUGCAAUAUCGCAGUACAGAUUUGAUAUUCAGUGUUUUUAAAUGGUUUGCAAUGCUCUUUACAGAGCUCAAGAAUUAGUGCCUGUAAAAAAUCAGUGGAGCAAUGCCUGGGUUCGUUUUAAGCUUUAGGGAAAGGUAUAUUUUAAUAACUGCUGUAUUGGAUGUUUAUUAAAGAUGGUACAUAAAGAAAUGUUUUCCUUGU